AGAAGAUGGCUGAAUUGCGGAGAACAACGUCAUCUCCCCAGGUCGAGUCGCAGAAAGGAGAUCGUAGGAUUUUCGGUCCAACCACUGCUGUGCAUCUUCUGCAUUCCCAAGCCACUAUUUCCUCGCGCAUUUAUGAAAACUAUGACCAACGCUAUCAGCACACUUGGGAAGUAAGCAAGACAGGCGAUGGUGUCAUUUCGGUGCAAAAGCCUACAGCAGAAGAGCAACAGUCGGCUCAUCCGAAACCAAUUGACUUGCGCCUUGAACGAGACGUCGUUGAAAAACUUCUCAACGCUUACUUUUUAGAGAUUGCGCCUCUGCUACCUGUUAUUACUCAGGCCGAGUUCCUUGCCAGCCCAUCGCCCCCACCAAUACUGCUUUACUCGAUGUGUUUGGUGGCUGCUUCUCGUCGUGAAGUUCCUCAGACUGUGUUCGACUCUAUGCGCUUUGCUGUGAACAGUGUGAUCAAGGCUGAGGAUGUCCUGUCCACGGCGUCGAUUGUCAACGUACAGGCUUUGUUAAUAUUGAGUAUGGUGGGUGACAGCCAUUCGCAAUUUGUUCCAAAUGCCCUUUCGGCGUUAUGGCUCAGAUUGGGCACGGCAAUCAGAAUGGCCCAGGACCUUGGAUUACAUCGCGCCGAGUCAGUCAAGCAAAACAUUGAACUACGACGGCGCCUAUGGGGUGCUUGUGUUAUCUGUGAUCGAUGGACAAGCCUUACAUAUGGCCAUCCUUACAUGAUUGAUGUACAGGAUUGUGAUGCGCGUCUUCCGUCAUCAGGCGAUCCUCAUGAUCUAUACAUGGAUGAACUCGUGAGAUUGAGCGUGAUUCUCGGUCGAGUGCUGAAGACGAUAUAUAGUCCGUCUGGUUUGAUGUUCACAACGGACGAGAUGUUGUACAAUCUUCUCAACGAUAUAGAGGCGUGGAAAGCGAACCUACCGGAGAACCUGCAAUUCAGAGGACCAGACACACCUAGGAAUGCCGGUCUAUUGCAUCUUUUGUAUUCGUGCGUCUCCAUGAUAUUCUGGAGGGUGUUUAUGCGGAUAUCGUACACUUGUCCUGCGCAUCUCAAGUUUGGGCUUACUGUCGAGAACUGGAGCACCCUAGUGCAGCUUACGGGCGAUUCGAUAGAAUGGCUUGACACUCAUGAGCGCAUGUACGAUGUGUGGCUUCUGGUAGCCUAUGCUGCAACAUCAUGUUCGCUUGUUCAGUACCACACAUGGGCAAGGCGCCAGGAUGUCGAAGCUGCCAACAAACUGCGUAAACUUCGUGAUUGUGUGCGGAGAUGGGAAGGCUCCAUUUCUCCUGACCACAUGUCUGCUCGUCGAAAGACGGCUGAGAUUAUAGCUCUUUUAUAUGAAGCUACGCAAGGAACCCCCUUGCCGGUUGAUACACCUCCUGUCCUCAACCCGACGGGCGGUGUGACAGGUAAUAAACCACUAGGCGGACUGGAGUACAAAAAAGACCCAUCUCGUCCCGGUGGAGGCGUCUUCAUAGCUCAUGGUGACGCUCGCAAGGAGAAGUACGAAGGAGUGCCGGAAGGGACGAUCAUCAAUUCAGACGAUGAGCGUGAAGGUCGGGCAGGUGCAAGAGGAGGCCGAGCGCCCUCUAUGGUGACGAUAACGCCCUUACCGUCUAGUGGUGGUGGGCGUGGCUCCGCGAUCAGCUAUCCGAAUAUGAAUCCGGCGUUGAAUUAUAUGACGAGUCAGACGCCAGGAAGUGUGCAAGUGUUGAAUGUGCUGGAUGAACCUCAAGCGUCCAAUACACUUGAACAAUUUGCAAUGGCGGACGUGGGCCUCCUAGAGGGGAUCCCCGGAGGUAUGUUCGACUGGGGCCAAUGGGAGUCGUUCUUUGCUCGAUUUAACCCUGAUUCGGGAGGAAAUGGAGGUAGUGGGUUUCAGCGUCAGAUGCAACAAUCUCAGGCAAUCGACACAAGAACAACAAUAGGACAAGACAACAGGGAUAGAGAUAUGAGUAAGUAUUAUCAACUCGCCAACAAUUUUAAAAACUAUGAACAGUGAAGUGAAGGUGGAGGGUACAGUAUUGUAUUGUUUAGCAAGGAUUAUUGCUGUGAACUUUUUCUUUUUUUCGUUUCUUUUUUAACUUUGCUUCUUUUCUUUGUUUCUCUGGUUUCGUUCUAUUUCUUGUUACUAUCAAGUCGUUCAUCAGAUUUCUGUCACAUUCAACGUACGAGCUGUCGUGUAGAUAUGUAACGAUAUAGUACAAGCCGUUUAGGCAAUCCCAUAAUAACACUCUGUUUCAUAU